AUGGCUUCCGCAUACUCAGAGUCCGAGCCGGUUCUGGUGUCGCGUCUCUCGAAGGCGGGGUUUGAUCAGGCUGAGCGUGAUCUCAUCCUGAAGCACGUUAAGAGUUUGAAGCAGCUGGCCUUCGUGAGCUCUUUUGCUCCGGGGGCUGCGGACGAAGGUCCGUUGAUCGAGGCCCUUAAGGCGAUGCUUGGAAAGGACCCAGAGAUGAGUCAGAAAGCAGCUUUCAGAGCCGUAUUUCAUGAAGCUUAUGCCAUUGUCACUUCGGAGAUGCGACAGCAGGUCGAAAGGGUAGAGGAACCGACAGUUCGUCAUUUGAGUCAGCCCGAGAGGGCUGAGAGAAUUGAGCGCCAGCGUUCACAGUUGACUGGCAUCACGAUAAAGGGUUCCUCGGAACCAUCAGAGGCCUUGGUCGACCUGUGCGUCGGUCAGUACGAGGCCAAUGUGAUUCAGUAUGUGCCUUGGUCAAAGUGCACGUCGCGGGAACAAGAGCUCCUAGGCGACGGUAAGAAGGACCUGAAGCUUUCGAUUGACGGCGAGAGUGGUAAGCUUAAGGUGGAAAACAAGGCCAAAGAUCAGGUGGCCGAUACAUCCACUGAGGUGAUGCUUCUGCAGGCCCUGCAGCGGCGUGCUCUUGCAUUCGAUCAAGCUAACAUUGUCUCUUUCACAAAGCUUGACAUGUGGCAUCAGAAGUUGAUGAAGGCGAGGUUGACUCCACCUCCGCCGGGUUACCAGCAAGUCACAUUCACUCAGUUGCAGAAUGCAGACUCGAGGCUCUUUCUGGAGCUUCAGGACCAUACGCGCACAGGCAUCCAGUCGGAUGCCAAAGGUCGUCCGAUCGAUGGCAUCAUAGAUUCAGUCAGCUGCAUGCACGAGGUGGUGUCGUUGAUGCAGCCGCUACAGGGCGGCCCUUCGUCUUCGUACGGUCCCAGUGAGCCUGCUCGACUGAGGGACGAGCUUCGUGGGUGCAAUUCGCACACCGCGAAAGGACAUCCGAUCUGCUAUGCCUUUAACCUGGGGUCAUGCCCGAACAAGGUGACCGGCAAUAAGUGUGAGAAGGGAUUGCACAUCUGUGCAGUCCCCAAGUGCGGCAUGAACCACGCCGCUAUCAAUGCGAUCCUGGCCCCGAGUACGGAAGAUUCGGUGGCCGGGUCUGGGAGUGGCGAAGGCCAUUCUCGAGCAAUCCAGGAAGUGCUUAAGGCCCAUCCCGAAGGGGAUGAGCCUCUUUUGAGUGCGCCCGAAGGGGCCCAAGCAAUGCCAUUUGAAGAGCAGGGAUCGAACCCACUCGAUCCAAAGGUUCAUGCGGACUCUUAUGCCGAGGAGCUUCUGUCUUUGGACAGGAAUCCCACGGCCCAGGAGUUGAUUCGUUUGUUUGACAUGCUUCCUCAGGAGCCGCUUUUGAGCAAGACUCGUGACGAUGGAGCCGCGGCCUUCUCGACUGGUGCCUACGUGAAGGGGCCUCUGCUCGGUCUCAGGAGUAACUGCAGCAAACAUCCGGCGGCUUCAAAGAUUUUCGCUCAGGCGGUGCAACGCGCUGCCCCGGGAAUGAAAUUUUCUACUCUGAGUGUGUUUUCAGACCUGAAGACGGAGCCUCAUGUCGACCGCUUCAACUCUCCUUUCCCUAACAUUCUUGUGCCGCUCAGCAAUUUUCGGAAAGGAGAGGUCUGGGUCGAGUCAGCUCAGGGCGUUUUUCCUUGUGAGGUCGAUGGUGUUACGAAGCGCGGCAUCUUGAUCGAUGUUGCCUCCGGACCGAAGGCCUUCUAUGCUUGCAGCCAUGUGCACGCUACACGGCCGUGGAGCGGCCGACGCGUAGUCAUAGUUGGUUUUUGUAUUGCUAGGGUUCAGGAGCUUGACGUGGACUGUAGGGCGCGCUUGGCUGAGCUUGAUUUCCCUGUGCCCCAGACGCCGCCCAACUUCAGUCCGGAUUUGAUCGAGGUCAGGGGUACCUUCCAUGACCUCAGAAGUUCUCAAGUGGAUGCAGCCUGUGAUGCCCUCCCGGCUCAACUGCAAGCCGCCUCUCUGCUGUGCCUUGACCUCUUUUGCAAUGCAGGCGAGUUCGGGGCCUCCCUGAAGGCAGCCGGAUUCGAUGUGCUCGCGAUCGAGCAACCGCACCUGAAGCAGAGAGCUUUGCUCAGCGUUGUGUCGCUGGAUCUUAGGAAGGCUGCCUCUUGGGACUUCCUAGUUAAGGUUGUGCUCGCUAGGAGGGUCGUCUUCGUGCUUGCCGCCCCCACUGUGGCCGCCUCUUCAGGCGACCUUCCCGAAGGUUUUGCCCAGGUGGCUUCCGAGCUCAGCUCAUUCUUGGCAUUGCUCGCCACUCUUGAUAUCGGAUGGGGAGUCUUGAAUCCGCUAAGCAGCCGGCUGUGGGCGACUUUGGCGCUGCCUGCCUCGCAUGUCGUAAAGUUCGACCUGCUUGCCCAUGGUGGCGAGCAACACCAGCACAUGCUGUUGCAUACUAACGUCCAGACUUUGAGCGCCCUUGCUGUGCCGUGUGACGAAAGUCAGAAACCUCUUAAAACUUUCCGGUCAGUGACUUCCCUGCGGGACAGACCGCGUUUGUUGUGCAGUCGGUUCGCCGCCCAGAUAGUUGUUUUCGCGGGGACCCUAGGGUUUGCUGUGUCUCCUGAUGCCGUCAAGCCGUCGGCCAAUCAUCGGUCUUCCAUUGCAGUGCAACGCCAACCCAAGGUUUCCAAGGCGCCGCCGCUCAUGCCUGAAUACAAGCAUCGUGUCACUUUGCAGGUUCCAUCCAUGGAUGCUCUCAGGUAUGAUGCCAAAAAUUCCUUGACGGCCGCUUUUCAAUCGGUGCCUGUUGGUGCCCGCAUCCUUCAGGUGGUGCCUGUGCAAGGGGGCGAGGGUCCUUCAGGUUCGGGCUUUAGGGUUACUUUUGGGGUUUACAGAACCGAGGAUGAGUUCGUCAGGACAGCAGUCACUCUGUCCCAUCCUUUCGACUUGUCUUCGGCAGUGCCAGAUGAGAUGCUCGAGAUUCUUGCGUUCACUCUCACCAAAGGGCCGUUGGCUGUCAUGAGGCAUCGCUUGGACACCUUGACGAAAUGGAAAAAGUGGUCUCAGGAACUUCGUGGAGCAGAGGCCUCCUUGCACGCGAGGCUUCACCCAGAUGUCGAGAAGAUAGUUGCACGCAAGAACUUGACUCUCCUGCGACGUGUGGCUGAAGACUUGCAGUGGCCUGAUGCCACGAUAAUCGACGACAUCGAGAACGGCUUUGAGCUUGUGGGUGAGGCCAAGGUUACAGGCAUCUUCGAGGUGGAUCCGAAACCCUCUUCGAUGUCCGUGGACGAGUUGCUUGAUCAUGCGAAGUUCUUGAAGCCAGCCCUGUGGGGCAAGGUGUCGGGAGAUGCGAGCCACCCGGAUGAUCAGGAGCUCUGGGAUCUCACUUGUGCUGAAGCCGAUGAGAAAGGCUGGUUGCAUGGGCCCUACACGUGGGAACAACUGCAGAACAUGUUUGACUCAAAGUGGAUACCUGUGCGCAGAUUCUCCAUCCGGCAAAAGAACAAAUUGCGACCCAUCGACGACCUGUCCGAGAAUGCCGUCAAUCAAGCUUGGACAGUGAUGGAGAGGAUAGGUUUGCGCGCGCUUGAUGAAAUCACUUGGGCCUGUAUGGCUUUGAUGAGGGCCAGCUUGGGCCGACGCGAAGUUUUCUUCCGGAAAUCCGACGGCUCUGUUUUGUCUGGUCCUUUGCAUUCGUAUUGGCAGCAAGACACUCGUCGUUGCUCGCCGGUCUUGAAGACUACGGAUCUGCGCUCAGCUUAUAAACAGUUUGCUAUCCGGCCAGGACAUCAUCGGAUGUGCGUGGUGACCUUGAAGGAUCCAGCGGACGGCUUAACAAAGGGAUUCGUCUGCCGCGUGUUGCCGUUCGGGGCUUUGGCUUCGGUCGGGCAGUUCAACAGGUUUUCGAGGCUGUGGCAAAGGAUUCUCUGGGAGCUGAAGCUCGCUGCGGCGAGCUAUUUCGACGAUUUUCCGUCGGUGGAGGUCAGGGCCCUUGCCGAGAACCAUGAUUCCUCAGUGAAGGCAGCGCUGCGACUUUUUGGAGUUGACUGGGCGAGCGACAAGGACCUUCCCUUCUCGCAGACAGCCGACGUCUUGGGCGUCCGACUGGACGCGACUGACACGGAGGGCGGAGUGCUGAGGGUCAGAAACAAGCCUGAGAGAUCCAAGGAAAUUGCUUCUUCGAUCGACAAGAUCCUUGCGGAUGGCUGUAUUGAUCCAAAGCAGAUCCCCUCUUUGUUUGGCCGGAUACAGUUUUCGGAGAGUCAGUUGAUGGGCCGACAGGGACGCUUGGCUUUGGCUCAGAUUCGCUGGCUUUCGAGUGCUCGUCACCGUCACGUUCUAUCUUCUUUGGACGCUACUGUCUUCAGAAGCUUGAGGGAGAGGAUGCUUGAGGGCCGGCCACGCGAGAUCCAGGUUCUUCCCGUUGGCGGCCAGACUCUCGUUUUCACUGAUGGUGCAUGCGACAAGCUGGGCGACAAGUUUAGCUGCUCAAUCGGAGGUGUCAUGUAUCGGGUGCUUCCAACUGGUUCCUAUGAGACGAGGGCGUUCGGGUGCUACCUGGACGAAUCAGUCGUCGAGCAAUGGGCGGGACUGGGGAAGAGACACUUGAUAGGUCCUACCGAGCUUUUCGCGGUGGUGGCGGCCCGACGGCCCGACAUGGUCGUCUUUUACGUGGACCACAGUGGAGUUUUGUCUGCGAUGAUCAAAGGGUCUUCACGCGAUGAUCUAUGGAGGAGCAUUUUGCUUCACUACGAGUGUGCCGACUCGCUGGGACCGGCGAUCUCGUGGUUCGCUCGGGUCCCGAGCAAGUCGAAUCCAGGCGAUGGACCUUCAAGGUCCGACUGGAGGUUCCCUGUGUUCGGCGAGUACUUUGAAGAUCGGAUUGUGUGCUUCAUCAGCGGCAGAGUUCUCAAAGUCACGGGGCAAAGAGAAGCUGUCGGUCAAUUGAAAUACCUUUCUCCCGACAAAUGUGUCAGUCGCCUGCAUGAGGUCACGCAUGCCAAGGAUUCAUCGCGACAGGUGGAAAUCGACCAGAGUCGGCUCAUCAUCAAAGAAACACAGGACGAAUUUUCCAUGCCUGCAUCCUCGGCCCUUCAGGUCCAGGAGGCGUUGCGGCGUCGGGGCCUGGCUUACACAUUUGCCCAAGCUGUCAGCUGGAAUGCAUAUGAUAAGUAUGUGACCAAGCUGUUUGGUCAUAUGCAUCGUGACCCGCCGCCAAACCAUAAUCGCAUUUUUGUGAGCCAGAUCGUUGAAGCCGAUAGGUUGGUCUUUACUCGUCUCAUUGAGCUUAACAUCAAACCCAAACAGGAACCCAGUGGUGCACGGCCUAUGGACGAAGCCUUGCAUGCAGCACUUGAGUCCUACCAGGUCAGUUUUGCUUUGAUGCAUUUGGCUAGCAAGGGGAGCAACACUCCUCGCCGACCUUGGAAGCGGCCGCGCGUGCAACCGGAUGCCGCUGCUGCCUCAGUGAACCCGGACGCAAAGAAGGGCAAAGGAAAGGGUAAGAAAGGCAAAGCCGCACCGUGGAUCAGCAUCCCUAAAUUCAUUCGGGACCGGGGCGGUGUGGCCGUCACGCCGGCGGGUGAGCCCAUAUGCUUCACUUACAGCAUCCAUGGGAAGUGCAAUACGCCUGGUUGCACCAGGAAGCAUGCUGCUGCCUCUGGUUGUGCCACGGGUGAUGCUCACAUCUUCGAAGGGCACGGCCCGGUCAAGCUCGAUCCCGUACUUUUCUCAGGUUUGUGUGAAGAGUUUGGCCGGCAGGUUCCUUUCGUUGAUCAUCCUGCGGAAGCUCUCGCCAGGACGAUUCUUGACUCCAAGUCCUUUGAAUUCACUUGCAUAGCUGAACUUGUCAGUUUGCUUCCAUCUGAAGCUCCCGCGCGCUCCGAUGGCGUAAAUCCUGGAGGCCAUUCCUGGACCUCUGGCGCAUACGUCCUCGGGGGCAACCUGGGAGCCAGGUCGAACAUGAAACUUUUCCCUGCGGUAUCGGCCCUACUGGCCGUUGUGCUGCGUGCCGCUUGCGACGAUGCGGUUUUCACCAGUCUUGCAUUGCUUACGAAUCAGUCUGCGUGGUUGCACAGAGACCUCAAUAAUGCCUGUGAAUCGCUCAACACAGCGGUUGCCUUAUCGAGUUUCAGUGGUGGCGGCAUCUGGGUUCAAGGCACUGGCGAUGUCUUCGCAGCGCCAUCAGGGGUGUCCAGCUUUCCAGUUGUGCUUGAAAUUUUCUCCGGCGUGGGUCGUCUGACGGCCCAGCUCAGGGCUCGUGGGGCCUCUGGAUCUUUAGCAGUCGACUCCAGUCAAGUGUCUGCACCUGCAGCCCCGCCUAAGGUUCUUGAUGUAGCGACAAAUCAGCAGCUUCUGUCCUCCUGGCUGGAAGCCGAUCACGUUGUCGGUGUGCAUUUUGCCCCGCCAGUUGUGAUGUCUGCACCCUUGGAACGAGCUGUUCAAUACCUCGUCUCUCGUGCUGUGGAACUUGCCCUUCUUGUGUCCAUUGAGUUGCCGGCGACUUCAACCUUCUGGAGCUCUGCAGCUGGCCGCAAGGUGCGAAGCCUCUGCCCUUACUUGAGAGUUUUCCCUCUUGCUGAUUGUGCCGAUGCAAAUGCCAGUUCUUUGCUGGUUAGCAAUCGUGAUGUCUUCGAUGGCUUUGCCACCGCUGCACAUGGCGCGCCUGCUGUCUCCUCUGAGACGGCUCAGCUUUGGGAUCGAACAUACACUUGGGAGGUAGCUGCAAAGUUGGCCGAUGGCUUUGUGCCCCGGCGCUUCCUCUUCGCCGCGCCUCAGGUGGCAAGUACAAGAGCUGCGACAAUGUCCCAGCCCAAGGCCUCCAAGUUCCCCGCCCUUGUCUCUGAACAUCAGCAAGUCCUGUUGGUGCGCGGUGACAUGGACUGGCCGGUUGCCCGCAUGGAGCGUUUAAAGUCUGACCUUCAAUUGCCUCCUCACCUUCAAUGCCCCUUGCGUGUCCUUCCAACUGGAGCUCAGUUGCUUCGGGAGUUUGUGGCUGCAGCAAUCAGGGCCGGACACCCUUGCAAGUGGGAAGCUGCUCUCCCGCAGGUACUGCAGGAUGCCAUCCAGCGGAAUGCAUCUUCUUCAGCCGAGCAAUUAGCUCGAGACCGAGCGCUCUUUUUCAAGACGUGGCUGUCAAGGGCAAAGGAGUUGGAAAGUGAAGAAGCUUCCUUUAAAGCAUCUUUGGCACCCCAUGUGUCCAGCAUUUUGGCACCAAAACGCUUGCUCUUGUUCAAGGAACUCCUUUCGGCUUAUGAGUAUCCGGAUCCCGAAGUUUUCGAUGAGAUCACGCGCGGCAUCAGGCUCACAGGCCAGACGCCGAACACUGGAAUAUUCCCGCCAACGUUUAAGCCAGCGGUGCGCCAAGCUGUUGAUCUCGAGCAGUGGGCCCCUGGUGCUAGGUCUAGAGUUCUGGAGUGCAUCAAACCGCAAGGCGAUGUGGACGCCGUGGUCCAUGAGAAGACGGUCGAAGAGCGGGAAAAGGGAUGGGAGUGCCCCUUCAAGGUCGACCGUAUGAUUUGCGGUCUGCCUAUAGACAGCUGCCGGUGCAUCCAGAAUCUCUGCGACACUCCUACGUCGCUCAUUGGAACCCCGCUGCGGGUUCCAUUGAGCUUGAUCAACUGCUUGCACUUCCGUUUGGAGCUUCCCGGUCAGUGUUCGGAUUCCUUCGAGUAG